GUUCCCGCUGCGUCCCUGCUGCUCUCCCGUUCUCCCCGCGGCCCAGCCCACAGCAGGACAUGGAGCAACUAAAUAACAAUUUGCACUACGAGCACCUGUAAUUCAAGAUAAAUGGAGAUGAACAGCUGGGAAAAUUAAAUUAAAAUGUCUGUAGGAGAGGGAUGCGAAAUGAUGCAGAACACCAGUGGCACUGGAAGAAAAGGAAAAUAAGGACAGCUCCAGAAGAUCUUCCUGGCACAGAAGAUUCUUUAGUUUCCUUGGACAACUGAUGACUGUUGCAACCCUUACUGACUAAAUCAUACUGACGUGCUCUAAAGAAAUCAGACGAGAAAAAUCUGAGAAAUUCUAGAAUUCUUUGGAAAAAGAACCAGCAUGUUGAGAUGGACCUGAAGUGGAAUCCUGACAGAGUUUCUCAUCUGGGCUCAUCUGAAGUCCGGGUGACUGAUUGGAAUUGGCGAGGCAACCGAAAUCCCAAUCCACUGAUUAAAGAUGAUGGAGAGCUGCUUAUGGAGGAACAUCUUUCCCCCAGGAAACUGAAAGCUUUGGCAGGGGUAGAUGAUCUGCAGCAAGUGAAGGCCCUAGAGAUGAGAGUAGAUACAAGAGAGACCAGCUUGGGAAACUUUGGUGUGCAUCUACCUAAUCUGAGAGAACUGAACUUGAACAAUAGCUUGCUUGUGUCUGUGAGGGAUCUUGGAACUUCAUUGUCCCACCUCUGUGUCCUGUGGAUGGCUUGCUGUGGGCUCUCAGAUUUAGAUGGGAUCUCUUCCUGCAGCUCUCUAAAAGAACUCUACGUAGCAUAUAACAAUAUCUCUGAGCUGAGCCAGCUGACCUGGCUGGAUCACCUCGAGGUUUUGGACCUGGAAGGGAACAAUAUUGAGGACAUCGACCAGAUGCAGUACCUGAGACUUUGUUGCAAGCUAAGUCACCUGACAGUGGAGGGCAACCUUAUUUGCCUGAAGCCAAAUGCAGAGUCUGCAGAGGAACCAGGUUAUAAUUACAGAGCGGAAGUAAAAAAACUUAUUCCCCACUUGAAGUAUUUGGACAAAAUACCAGCAAACCAGACUGUUCCCCUUCCUUCCAAGAAGAUGUAUGAAGAUUGUCUAAUCAUCAAGGAAUCCAUCAAGGAAGGUGGUUUAGCUGGAGACAUUUCGUGGUUAGAUCCAUAUCUUGGGGCAGUAGCAAGGCAGUCUGGAUGUGGCCCAAGACCCCCAACAACUUCCAGACCUGGAAAUGCACAGUGGUCUGCUAAUGUAGGGAGAUUUAGUGAUGCCCAGCUCUUGUAUGGUAGCCGUCUUCUUCCAGAUCCUGCUGUUUCUGAUAUGCUGUUCUCAGAAGAUGACUCCAGUGAUUUGACACAUGGACUCAGUCAAGUUAUAUGCGGGAACCCCGCCAAGGCCCUUCGUGAAAGGAGGCAAAAGCUAGGUCCACCUGCAGCGAGCCCUUUGGAACUGAGCGGUCUGAGGACAGAAAACCUUUAUGGCUCUGGAGGAGGAAAAGAUGAGCACCAGGAAAAUGUGUCCUCUGAACUGAGAGUAUGGAGAGAGCAGCAGAAGAGGUGCCUGCAAACAGGUCAGCAAGAACAAGCCAGCCAAGCAUCAAAGGUAAUUCUUAGUUGUGAGGAAGAGGGUGAAGGCUGCAACCUGACUGACAGCUCUGAAGAUGAGUUGAGGAAGGCCUAUGAUGAGGACCUCGCUGAAAGGAUUUCAGCUGAUUCUUCUUCUCACUCCAGUCUCUCCAAGUCUUCCUCAGGUUCGUCACAGACUCAGGAGGGUGUAGUGUUCUCCAACCCAAGCCCUUGUUUAAUUCCAUCCCCUCCAAAAAGCCCUUCACCUGCAUCUGUAAUGAGUGUUGCAGCAAGACCCUGGAAAACAAGAAACCACAGGGUAAGAUGCCUAAAAAUACCCAGCCAAGAGGAGGACAGGCAGUGUACACAGCGAUGCCAGUCAAGGGCUCAUCAAGAAAAUUCAGCCCAGCCUCUGGGCGAGGAACUUGCUUUCCUGAGCCUGCACAAGAUGCUGUCUGCUUCUGGAUCUCAAGGGCAGCACCAGCCUGCUGGCUGCACCAGCCAACAAAGGCCUAUUCCAGGACCAACAGCUGUUGGAUCAACAAGGAUUGGGCCCAUCAUGGACGAAAGCCCUUCUGGAGAGAUCAACCACCAGCAUCCAGCUGUCUGCUCAUCCACAAAAGCCUCAGAGAGGUUUGAACCAACAUGUGCUGCUUGGCCCCUGACUGCCAGGGCCGUGCUGGAGCCAUUGCCAGACAGUACUACUGUCACAAGGACAUCUCAGAACAGAAGUCCUCAGCCCUAGAAAAUACCCAGUUUUCAGCAUGUGUUGGAGCCAUGUACACAGAACAGGCAUGAAGGAUCAAUGCUAUCUUUCAGCUGCUUCUGCAAGCUAAACACAGAGCUGUGCAAGUAGAGCAAUUCAAACAAAUUACAUGAUUUGCCUCAAUUCAAGAUACAGCUGGUCCAGAAAUACUUUAAAGAGCAACCACUGAUCAACCAAGGAGCUAAUGAACCUCUUAUUACAGAAAAAUGUGGUUAUUUUUGCAACUUUCGUGCACUAAACCAGAACAAAUUCUGUGGUAUUUCUUCUCAGCCACACCAUGCCCUGCUCUGGGAGUCAGGCAGGGACACUGAACAAAGCAGAGCAUGAAGCCUGCUUGUUGGGAGUGGGCUGGAGGAGGUGACGAGGCAGCAGCCAUGCCAUCUGCCUUUUGCAGUCAUGGAUGUUUAACAUAUGAGGGCCAAAACUGAGGUCUUGAGAAGAAGUGCUGACUGGAGCAGGUUCUAAGGGAGAGGUGCACAGCCUGGAGAAGAGCCCAGGAGAGCUGGAUUGGUUUCAGAGCUUAUGCCCCCACAGGAGUUCACCCCAUUCACAGGCAUUAUAGGAUCCUGUUAGAUGCAUUGCUAUGGGAGUAAAUGCUGAACAAGUGGCUCAUCCCAGUAUUAGCAUGUUUGUUUGCUCCAUAGGUACCUGGAAGGACUUCUCUCACUUUAGACAUUGCAUUCCAGAAUUUCUUUAGCAGAGCUGACCUCUGUCACCAGGUGUCAGAGCAUCCCUGGCAUGUACCUUUCACCUCCAUCCUACCUCUAGCUUUUUUAGACCAAAUAGACUUUCCAAUUUAGUACAACUGAAUGAUUUUAAGUGAGGAUGCAGCAAAGACAAGGCAGGGAAGUAAGGGAAUAAUCUCUUGUUUUUUCAAUAGGACAUUUGCUUUGUAUUCGGGUGAGAUUCAAAACAUUUGUUUUAGUGACUACAGAUUGAGUUGCUGUUCCAAAUGACUGUGCCUUACAACUUUAUUGAUGUUGCAGUCUGAAACCAAGCAUCAUCACAUUUUUUUCCAGUUUAAAUUACUAUGGUUAGAUUAUAUUUUUUAAUCAGUUUAUAAAACAGUAAUUACAUGAUGAGUUAAUGAAUUGGUUUGUCUCCUUUCUGCAGGCCAUCUUAACACAGAGAAGCAGAAUAAUAGACAAAGACCUAAAACUUCCUUUUGUCAUGGUGCUCCUCGUACCACUUUCUUCUACAGAAUAGUCUGGAGUUUGAAGCUAGUUUGCCCAGUUUUGGUGAGCCCUAGUGGAAAUCAUCCAUCAAAAAUCAUUAAAAACUAUGUGACGUGAUUCUGUGCAAUACUGUGGAUGCAAGCCACGAUUUUCUGUCAAAUGUCACCCAGCAACAGUGCCUGUGUCCUUGUAUGGGCCUCCUAAAUUUGACUUUUUGCCAGUGUCACUGACCAUACCAUCACCAAAAAAAAAAAAAAAAAAGAAAAAAUCUGACCUUAUAAAGGAAAGAAGACAGUGAUAGCAUAGUUUUCAGAAAUUGUCUAUGCCCUUCCUGCCUUCUUGAACUCUCCAGGCCUUGCUGUCAGUCAGCACUGGUGACAAUCAGGCCCUUCUCUAUAUCCAGGGGUUGUACUAGCGGGCAAUGGGUAGGACUGUCUUCUGCAAAUAUUCAGAGCCUCCUUCUCAAUUGGCAUCUUUGAUUUCAAAGGGGUGAACGGGCAAAGAAGGGUUGCUGGGGUUUGUGCAUGUAAACUGUGGCAUCCGGAUGGGUCUGGACAUGUGCAUCUGCAAAUGCAAAACUCUGGGUACAGAUCUGGAAAGUCUCUCAAAAGCACCUAUGAGCUUGUCUCACCACAAACUCAGCUUGGCUCUUUAUGUGUGUGGAGCAAGAAGCUUCUCUGAGGUGGCAGAGAGAACAUGGAGAAACGGUCAGAAAAAACAGCUCUGCCCUCAUGUGUGGGAAACACAAGUCACUGAGGACUUUUAUCCAGACCACUUCACUCAGGGUUACCUGUUUUACCUUCCCUUCAGGUACCCCAGUGGUAACUCUCAGGGGUGCAGGCAGUAUGUGACCUUCAAAAGAGCCACUCCACCCCUAAGUAACCAUCUCUGCCCCUCUGGUGGUCUAACCAAAGCAAUCACAUGCUGCAUCAUGGUGUGGCUUGUGUUCGUAGAGACAGGGGGAGAUGUCUAUGCCACCUGAUAAUCACUGCAUCACCUCCUCAGGUGCAUAUUGCUAGGGAUGGAUAUGUAAGACAGGCAUAAUGCCAAAUGCUCUUGUGUCCUGCUGGUGCCACUGUGGGGAUUUAGUGUAUAGACUGAAAGCCUGAGGAGCAAAGCAGUUGAGAUGAGCGCUGUGGCUUCAGUGGCACUGUGCUACAGCAGAAAUCAGUGGUGCCAGGAGCUGGGAGCCCUGGGGCUCUUGCAGCAUCUUGGUGCCACUGGGAAGCAUCUUGGUGCCAUUCUCCUCAUUUGAACCUCUGGGUUAAGUGCAGGAAAGCAAAAGCUCUUGUCCUCAGAUGGACCUGUGGACACAAUACCUCAUGCUUAUCUGGGAGGUGUGGUUGGUCUCGAGCUGCACUGCUGACCACGUGCCCAGAGCACAGGGCAGCAGGCCAGAGAAGGCUGCUCUUCAUGCUCAGUGAAGCAGCAAUGCUUAGCUUUUGGGCAUUGCCUUCCCAAGGUGGAUCUCCAGCUGUGUUACCCAGCAGGGCAGAGCCUGGUUUCAGGCGUACAGAGAGGAUGAUGAAGCACUUUGGCAGCAGGGCACUGGCACCAGUAGAAUCUGACUUGCCUCUGACUUGCACACAUCUUGUUAAUAUGGUUUGGGCACAGGGAGUGGAGUAAGACUAAUUAGUUAGCAGCACAUGAAAGCUUAGCAGGUGGCAGAGCUAAGCAGUGGUGGUCAGCCAUGUCGGAGGCAUCAGAUUUUUGCAUGCCACCUUCAUUGUGUCCCUUCUGGGCGAUGUGACCUGCUGAGUGGUUGUGUGCAAGAGUAUGUGCUCUGCAGCUAAAUGGGGAACGGGACCCAGCACCAGGCUGUCACACGUGGAGCAGCAGGGAGGCUUGUUAAGAGGGCAGGUUUGUGAUCACAGCCUGACCUGAUGGGGAAGAGGGGCUGGUAGUCUGCCAUCUGCCAGUAGUGGGUGUGCCUCCAGGUUUCCCAGAGCUGCCAUGCUGUUGUCUUGCAGUUUCCAGGACAAGCAAAAUAAACAGGGCCAUUGCUAUCUGCACAGCUGCAACAGAUCCACAGAGAAAAUUAUUGCUCUGGUUUAGUCUCUGCUUGUCCAUAUUUCACCUUUUUCAUCUAGAAAGUGCAAAAGUCAGACAGGGCUUUAAUAGUCUUUAAUAGGUGACAUUAUGAAAUAUGACGUAUGAUGGGCUACUCGUGAAUUCAGUUCUCUUGACCCAAAAGGGAAAUAUAUGGGGAGUUUAAUUUUGUGGUUUUUCGUUGCUGUUUCCCCUGCAUUGGUCCCUUGAAUACGGAGAAAGUUCUUUAAUGAAAAAGCUUAUUCCCAUCUCUUGCCUUUGCAGACUCUUAAUAUUUGUCUCAGUAGGAUCCUUGCUUCCAGUCGGAUGUGACGAGUUUCAGAUGUGCAUUACCAGAGUCCAUCUCCUUGUUCUUAUAAUGGGCCAGGAGCUGCUGAUGCCUUUAAAUAUCUCACUGCCUUAAUGGCAUUUGCUGCUGGCUGCCAAAUUGAUAUCUAGUGUGUAAGCUGGAGAGAGGGGCGAGAACUGUUCCCCUCACCUAUUAAUAAAUCAGCACUGCAGGGAAGAGUUUUCUGCUGGGAGCCAAGUCUCAUCAGUGCAUGCUGCUAAGGGAAGGGGGGCAGUGGUUAGCUGGGAACAGUUGCCCUGCAGGGAGCAGCACUAGGAGCUGAAGGAUUUGGCCCAAAGUGACAAUGCUGUGGUAUUAGAAGCAGCAUGAUCCAUCCAGGAGGCCUCUGAGCAUCACUUAGCUGGUAUCCUGUGAGCAGCUCUGCAGGAGUGGCUGGUGUUGUCCUGCAUGCUGAAAGUCUCCACUCAGAUGGAGCUUUGAAAGAAAAAAUGGGAGAAAUAAGUAAGGACCUGUGUGCCAGCCAGCCUGUUAUUUCAGUGUCUAAAAAUUGUUCCUCUUCCUGAAGGGAAGCAUGUCUGGGACAGCAUCCCACUCAGACAAAUAGGC